ACAGCAACAUUUUCUCCUCCCCUCACGUCACUCAAAUGUGACAAACCAGGAAACAGGAAGUUCUUCGUCCUCAGUAAAGAGAGACGCACAGACGAUCAGACUGAGCUCAGACCAAACUAGCAGCUUCCUCAUUGGAAAAGUGUAAAAGACCAUAAACAGCUCCGUCACUGCUUUCAUGCACUGACCUGUGAAAGGGACAUGAUAUAAAAGCUGUUUAUCAUUAACUUUUACAGCUUCUGGCAGGCUGAUGUCUGAACUUUGGACUGAAACACACCCUGAGUUACAGGAACAUUGGUUGUUAUAACUGAGAACUAAACUAGCAGCUUCCUCUGAGUGAGUCCAGCUACAGGAGAGAAAAGUGGAAAACUCCAACACUGCUGCUUCAAGCUGCUGACGCUCCACACACUGAAUCUUCACUCACAGACUCAAUGGCUUCCAGAUCAGAGGAGGAUCUCUGCUGUCCGGUCUGUAAGGAGGUCUUCAGAGAUCCUGUUAUUCUGUCAUGUAGCCACAGCUUCUGUAAAGACUGUCUGAAGAUAUGGUGGAGAGAGAGACCAACACAUGAGUGUCCAGUUUGUAAGAGAAGAUCUUCAAGGGAUGAUCCACCUUUAAAUCUGGCAUUAAAGAACCUGUGUGAGUCGUUCUUACAGGAGAGAGAUCAGAGAGCUUCAGAGGCUCUCUGCAGUCUGCAAUAUGAGAAACUCAAACUCUUCUGUCUGGACCAUCAGCAGCCAGUGUGUGUCGUCUGCUGUGCCUCAGAAAAACACACCAAUCACAGAUUCAGACCCAUCGAUGAAGCUGCACAACAACACAAGGAGGUACUUCAGGAAACUCUGGAGCCCUUAAAGAAGAAGUUAAAGGUUUGUGAAGAAGUUCAAGUGAAGUUUGAUCAAACAGCAGAACACAUUAAGGUCCAGGCCCGGCACACAGAGAGGCAGAUUAAGGAGCAGUUUAAGAAGCUUCACCAGUUUCUAGCAGAGGAAGAGGAGGCCAGGCUGGCUGCACUGAGGGAGGAAGAGGAGCAGAAGAGUGGGAUGAUGAAGGAGAAGAUGGAGGCUCUGAGCAGAGAGAUAGCAGCUCUUUCAGACACAGUCAGAGCCACAGAGGAGGAGCUGAGAGCUGAAGACGUCUCAUUCCUGCACAACUACAAGGCUGCAGUGGAAAGAGUCCAGCGCUGCCCCCUGCUGGAUGAUCCACAGCUGCCCUCAGGAGCUCUGAUAGACCAGGCCAAACACCUGGGCAACCUGACCUUCAACAUCUGGAACAACAUGAAGGACAUGGUCUCCUACACUCCUCUCAUUCUGGACCCAAACACUGCAAAUCCAAACCUCAUCCUGUCUGAAGAUCUGACCAGUGUGACUGAAGGAGGAGAGAAGCAGCAACUUCCUGAUAAUCCAGAGAGGAUUGAUUUUUACAGAGCUGUCCUGGGCUCUGAGGGCUUUAACUCAGGGACUCACAGUUGGGAUGUUGAUGUUGGAGACAGUACAUUGUGGGUACUGGGUGUGUUAGCAGAGUCUGGGCAGAGAAAGGGAAACAAACUGUCUGGAAUUUGGAGAAUAGGGUUGUUUGAUAAUGAAUACUACAAAAUCUCACAAUCACCUCCUCACACUCAUCUCUCAUUCCAGCAGAAGCUCCAGAGGAUCAGAGUGAAUCUGGACUGGAACAGAGGAAAGCUGUCGUUCUCUGAUCCUGAUACUAACACACACAUACACACCUUCACACACACUUUCACUCACAGGAUGUUUCCAUACAUUCAAACUGAUGAUACAGUGAAGGUGUUGCCGUUGAAGGUGUCAGUGCAGCAGAUGAGUUGAGGAUGAUGAUGUUUCUAAUGUUGUUUCCUGUCAGUGAGUUGAAGCUGUUAAACUGCAGCUGUCCUCCUGCUGC